GUGUGAUUGGCCGCGGCUGUCACAUGGUGAAAGUAACUUUACGGGGUCGCCAGCUAGUAGGAGGGCUUUAUGGAGCAGAAAAACGACAAAGCGAGAAAAAUUAUUUUCCACUCCAGAAAUUAAUGAUCAUGAGCUCUUAUUUGAUGGACUCUAACUACAUCGAUCCGAAAUUUCCUCCAUGCGAGGAAUAUUCGCAAAAUAAUUACAUCCCAGACCACAGUCCGGAGUAUUAUAGCCGGGGCAGGGAGCCCAGCUACCAGCACCACCCGGAGCUGUACCCGGUACCGCGACCCUCCUUCCCCGACCGGCCCUUCGGCUGCGGGGGGCUCCAGGCACCCGGGAACCCGGCCACGCUCCAAAGGGGACCCGGGCCAGCUCCAGGAGGGCAGCACCUCUCAGAGAAAGCGCAGCAGCUCUGCGAGCAAGCUGCCCUGUCCUCCUCCUCCUCCACCACUCCUUCCCCAGCCCCUCCAGCCUGCAGCCAGCCAAACCCCGAGCAUCCCACCAGCACAGCUUCCAAACAGCCCAUAGUCUAUCCCUGGAUGAAAAAAAUCCACGUCAGUACUGUGAAUCCCAAUUACAAUGGAGGCGAACCCAAGAGAUCCAGGACAGCCUACACCAGGCAGCAGGUUUUGGAGCUGGAGAAGGAGUUUCACUAUAACAGGUACCUGACCCGGCGGCGGCGCAUCGAGAUCGCCCAUUCGCUUUGCCUCUCCGAGCGGCAGAUCAAAAUCUGGUUUCAGAACAGGAGGAUGAAAUGGAAAAAAGACCACAGGCUGCCGAACACCAAAGUACGGGCAGCAACGGCAGCGCCUGCCACCGCCUCGACCGCCCCCAGCGCCCCGGCGAACACGGCCGCGGGCGAGGAGCUGCCCUCCGCCGCCGCGCAGGACCCGCGCACGGAGGAUAUCACCAGGUUAUAAACACCCCCAGACCCGCACACAAAUGACUCUGGAUUAUUUAUAGAAUCUAAUAUAUAUAUAUAUAUAUUUUGGUUCUUUCCCUUCUCCCCCCCCCUCCCCUUUUCCCCUCGUAGUUCUUUUCUUAUAAUAAUUAUAAUUAUUAUUAUUAUUUUUUCCUGUGCGUAUAAAAACCAACGGGUCCCCCCCCCAAGACCACGGGCUUUAGGUGCAUGUCAGAUAGCAUGAGGCCAGGUGUCUGUACCUGCGGGGUUUUUUUUACGCCAUUUCAGGGUUUUAUUUAUUUUUGAAGAGCUGGGGGAUGGGGAGGGAGCUGGAGGGUGGGGGGGAAGGAAAAGGGGAAUCUUCUGUUGGCUGAAUUGAAAUGGAGAAAUGAUGGGAAUAUUGAACGCCAAAACCAGACAAACCAACAACAAAACAAAAGGGAAAUGUAGGUAUUUCUCCCCCCUCUCUCUCUGCAUUACAAAUGCACAAUGAGCGAAGGAAGUUCUUUUGUAGCAAGGUGGGGAGGGGGAAAAAGCUUUAAAAUCACUAGAAAGGGGGAAAAAAAGGGUAAACAAAAAGCUACGAAGCAGCACACGAGGGGGGACGAGGCUUUGCUGAGAAAUUGAGAAGAAAAAGGGGAGUGUGAGAGAGAACGAGUGGCAUAUUUAAAGAAAUCAAAGCAGAAGAAGGUUUUAAAAAGUCAGUAGCGAGGGUUUUAUUUUUGUCGUGGUUAUUUGUGUUUUUUGGACUGAUUUUACCUGAUCAAUGUAAACUUGCAAUAAAGAGUUUUAGUGUGUAUGUGGAAGUCCCAGUGUUCAAUAAACCAGUCAGUGUGAAUUAGUUUUA